AUGAGUUCAGAUACAGAUAGCACGAUGACGCCUCCAAGGCCUACGAAGAGAAACAAGAGGCAGGAUUUAACAGCCCCUUUAAACGAUUCAGGUUCUCCCGAUAAAAGUACUUCCAAUGGUUCGCGUAGGCAGUCACUCAUUAGACCGCGCAAAUCCCUUCUAGCUGCUGCCGCAACUAAUAGGAGGCAGUCUAUUAGUGCUGAUGGCGAUGACGACGCGGCUGAGAAGCGUAGAAGACGGAAAUCACACUACUUGGAUGACGACAGCAAUAAGCACUCUCCAUCUCACAAAUCCAAGGGCGCAAACGUCGGAUCACGCGUAGCUAGGCACAAGCUUGCUACUACUAUCGCCCCUCAGCCUGCUGGUAAUGCACCCGCUCUAAGUAUGGAUGUUAUGACGACCAACUUUGAAGAAUGGAUGAAAAUGGCCACGGACAACAAAAUUAACGCGGCAAAUACUUGGAAUUUCGCUCUGAUUGAUUAUUUUGCAGACAUGUCUCUGCUGAGAAAUGACGACAGCCAAAAUUCAAUCAAUUUCCAGAAAGCUAGUUGCACCUUGGACGGUUGUGUUAAGAUUUGGACUUCGAGAGUUGAUAGUGUCGCAACUGAAGCUGGCAAGCUCAUCAACGGUCUUUCUGCAGGCGGUACUAAUGACCGCGAAGAAGCCUCUGAAGAUAGAGAUGAUAGUGACGCUGAGGAGGUGACAGAGAAAGUCAGCAAGAAAAGAAGAGCACCACGAACUGGCUCGACGCUUGUCAAUGAUUUCAACUCCCUCAAGGCCAAGGAGUUCGAACUUGAACUUGCAAUUGAUCCACUUUUCAAGAAGACUUCGGCUGAUUUCGAUGAAGGUGGUGCAGGUGGAUUGCUUAUGAAUCACUUAGGUGUCGAUGGCGUAGGCCGUGUUAUUUUCGAUUCCUCCGACGUAGCUAUGGUCGAAGAUGAAGACGAGUACAACGAAAAUGAGCAGGAUCCCCGCAUAGACAUAGCAGAAUUGCAGUCGAAAUUCUUACCAUCUAUUCAAGAGCUAGAUGAAAAAGAAAUUUGUCCAUCUUUGUCAACUUUCAAAUUUUCCCUCAACCCAACAGAAGACGAUGUAACAGAAAAUCCAUUUGAGCGACCAGUAACUCCGCUGGAAGAUAGAGCGGCAGCUGAAGACGCCGAAGAUGACUUCAAUGGUGGUGGUGCAGAUAUGGCUGACGCGCCUAUGGAUGACUUCUUUGAGUCGGCAGCAAAUGAAGAGCCGGUUGAGAUUGACGAUGACGCCUGGGCAGUUAAUCCAAAUGUCGCGGCCAAUGCAGGAGGCGUUGAUGACGAUGGUUGGAAUAUUCCAGACUCGGUCGCUGAAGGUGGCAAUCAGCAACAACAACUCCCGACUUUAAAUGAUCCUUUCAAUCCGUCUGCCGGAGGUAAUAUGGUUAUGUCGUCAGUACCCAUUAAUUCUGAAGGCAUGUUUGACUACUUUGAUAAGAAUUUGACAAAAGGUUGGGCUGGUCCUGAACACUGGGGCGUGCGUCGGUCGGUAAACCGAGACGCCGCCUCUGCACCAAAGAAAGAAAAAAGCAAAGAGGACAAGACCAUCCCCAUGAUAGAUUUUGAUGAGCCCACCACCUCGAACAGCAAAACACUGUUUGCACCACCAACAACUAAGGGAGCAGGAUCAGCAUCCAUAUUUAUGCCCAAAAAGAACCGCGAUGGAGAUAACCUUUUACCAGACGAUAUACAUUUCAAUUCAAAGCAACUGUUAAGAUUAUUCCUCAAACCUAAGGUAUCACUCCGGAUGAAAUCAGGCAAAAUGGUCCCAGCAGGUAAGGGUAAUGGCGACGACGCUGGUGCUGAUGCUGCAUUUUGGGCUGGUGCUCCUGAUGGUAUGGAGUUCGACGGUGAACAACCACCAGCUGCACCUCUUGAUUCGCAAUUCUUCCAAGAAGACGACCUGGAUAUGGGUGAAGAUCUUGUCAGUGGUGAGAUUGAUCCUGGCAAUCAGAGCUCGCACUUGAAUGAAGAUGACGCACUGGCUGAGACACAUCUCCAACAAUUGAACAGAGUCAGGCCUGAGUUCGUAAACUAUUCCAAGCGCGCAAAGCGUGUGGAUGUCAGAGCAUUGAAGGACAAUAUCUGGAAUAGCUUGGAAGCCCCAGAAGAUGACGAUGAUCGGGAGAAUCUACCACCCGGAACAACAGAUAACGAAAACAAGGAUGUUGGCAAACGGUUCUCGAGUGUCAUCGAUGGUCUUAAAGCUAGCUAUCCCGCUGAGAAGCUGGAUGACUUGUCUACGAGCUUCUGCUUUAUUUGCCUGUUGCAUCUUUGCAAUGAACACAACCUUAACUUGGAGACAUUUGCUAAGCACGCCCUCGAGCCAGAGCAACAAGAGAGUGGAUCGGUUGUUGGCUUGGAUAAGGUUAUGGUCAACAAGCUGGCCAACUAUAUUAUGGCUAAAUAG